CGUAGUCUCGUAAACACCCUUCAAAAGAAGGACCAUGUCAGAUUCAUUGCCAUCUGGCCCUCCGUCAGAUCCCAAACCCGCCUCCGCCACCGCCACCAAUUCACCAGACGAAGCUACGACCACCACCUCCUCCACGACAACAACAACCUCCACCCCAGAAGGUCCAACCCCACCACCAGUUCAGAUCCCUCUCUCAUGGCCUGCCGAUUCUUCCCUCACCCUCGACUGGAUCCAAAACCUCAUUUCCGCCUUUGAUUGGUCUUCCAAAAACCUCUCUCCAUCUGAACUUCCUUUAGUCCUCCCUGUUCCCGUAUUUGACACUCUAGUCCUCACCGCCUCGAAAAUUCUUCACAAAGAGCCUAAUUGUGUCAGAAUCGAUGACUGUAAUGAUAAUUCAAGAAUUGUAGUUGUAGGAGAUGUUCAUGGGCAACUUCAUGAUGUCAUUUUUUUGUUGCAAGAUGCUGGGUUUCCCUGUGAAGAUCGUUUUUUUGUGUUUAAUGGAGAUUAUGUUGAUCGAGGAGCUUGGGGUCUUGAGACUUUCUUGCUCUUGUUAGCUUGGAAGGUAUUUUUGCCUCAAAGGGUAUAUCUCCUCCGUGGCAAUCAUGAAUCCAAGUAUUGCACAUCUGUUUAUGGUUUUGAGAAAGAAGUUUUGGCAAAGUAUGGCGAUAAAGGUAAGCAUGUUUAUCGGAAGUGUUUGGGCUGCUUUGAAGGCCUUCCCUUGGCCUCUAUUAUAGCCGGACAUGUAUAUACUGCUCACGGAGGACUUUUCCGCAGUGUGUCCAUCACUCCAUUGAAGAGAUCAAAGGGAAAGAAGAAUCGAAGAAUAACUUUAAAUUCUGAAACCAAACCAUUAUGUCUUGGUUCUUUGGAGGAGUUAUCCAAAGCACGAAGAUCGGUUCUUGACCCUCCAUGGGAAGGUCUGAACUUAAUUCCUGGAGAUGUUUUAUGGUCGGAUCCAACAAUGAAAUCUGGACUGUCACCAAAUACAGAGAGAGGCAUUGGUUUAUUAUGGGGACCUGAUUGUACUGAAGACUUUUUAAAGAAGUUCCAACUAAAGCUAAUCAUCAGAUCACAUGAAGGCCCUGAUGCAAGGGAAAAAAGGCCGGGUCUUGGAGGAAUGGAUGUAGGGUACACCAUAGAUCAUGUUGUGCCAUCAGGAAAGCUGAUUACUCUCUUUAGUGCUCCAGACUAUCCACAAUUUCAGGCAACUGAGGAUAGAUUCAACAAUAAAGGAGCAUAUAUUGUCCUAAAACCCCCUCAUUUUGAUGUUCCGGAGUUCCACACUUUUGAAGCAAUUACUCCGAGACCAGCGGUGAAUGCUUAUUAUGAUUAUGAAGAUGUGAUUGACUCUGAUGAAGAAUUGGACUUGGCGUCAAUGGUGACUGCUACUUAGAGGUCGUCACCCUUCCUUUUCUAAUGGAGGAAUUCUGAAUAUUUUGAAGUUUAACAUGUUUUUUCUCCAUGAUUUUGCUGUGUGUCUUAUCAUUUAUUGCUUCAUUGUGCCAAAAAAAUAAUAAUAUUGGUUCACGGGGAUGGUGGUGCCCUUGACGCAUGUAUAAAAUUGUAUGUAACCUCACACAGAUUGGUUAUAGUGCAAUUUUUUGUUGUUGCGUAA